AUGGGUCAAAGGAAUCAGAGCGGCACAGAACAAGUGACAGAGUUCAUCUUAACUGGCUUUCAACUUUCUUUGCACAUGAAAGCCCUCCUCUUUGUGGUGCUUCUAAUAGUUUUCCUGUUAACACUAGCUGGGAACAUCACCAUUAUCAUUUUGGUCUGCCUUGCCCAGCAACUCCAAACAGCUAUGUACUUCUUCCUCUGCAAUCUCUCCCUAUUGGAUAUCCUCUUUGUUUUGACAAUCACCCCAAAGAUGUUGGAGAAUCUGGUUUCCUUGAAGCAAACCAUCUCUUUCCUUGGCUGCGCUGCUCAAUGCUAUUUCUACUUCUUCCUUGGCACUGCCGAGUUCAUCCUCAUCUCUGUGAUGUCAUUUGACCGUUAUGUGGCCAUCUGCCACCCACUUCGCUAUGCCAUCAUUAUGAACAGUCAUGUCUGCGCUUGGUUGGUCUUAGGUUGCUGGAUGGGUGCUUUCCUCUCGACCAUUGGCCCCAUUGCCUUGCUCUUCCAGUUAUCCUACUGUGGCUCUAAUGUCAUCGACCAUGUCUUCUGUGACUAUGCCCCAAUAAUAAAGCUAUCUUGCAAUGACAUACAUUUCAUCCUAGCCUUGGAGUCUAUCUUAUCUUCAGUAGUGUUACUCAGUUCAUUAUCUGUCACUGGUUUCUCUUAUCUGUACAUUAUCACCACCAUUGUGCGUAUGCAGUCUGCCAAAGGUCGUCUAAAAGCAUUUUCCACUUGUGCAUCCCACCUUACUGUAGCCUCCACUUUCUAUGGUUGCUCUAUCUUCAUGUACGCUUUGCCCAGCCAGGGACGCUCUCGGAAUGUCCAGAAGGCAGUAGCCGUACUCACAGCUGCAGUGUCCCCUUUGUUCAACCCUUUUAUAUAUACUCUGAGAAAUGAGAAGGUGAAGGAGGCCUUCAGAGACUGUCUGAAGUGGUCAGCAUUGAAACUGUAA